CUCUAAACCUCCCCAGCCCCCCAGUUUUAAGACCAAACGCAUGCCCUUAUCUACCAAUGGAAUGCAACAGCUGUGCGGGGGAGCGCCAGGGUGGGCUGGCUGAAACCCCCCUGCCAGACCCCCUCACAAGCCUCCCCCCUGCUACAUCACCACCACCACCACCACCACUCCACCUCCAAGCGACGUGCCGGGCUCCUGAAAGGCAACUAAAAAGUGAGCUAGACACACAGUGAGAGACUCAGCAAGGCUGCUGCACAUUCAAAAUAGAGUCAGAGGGAGGGAAGAGAGAGACAGAGAGAGAGAGGGAGAGAGAGAGAGAGAGAAGGAGAGUCAGGGACAGGCAGUGCUGUAAAGGAGAGCACAAAGAGAAGGAAAGUGGAGCAGGGGAGGGGAACAGGAGGCUGGGUGAAGGGAGAGGGAAAGACAAAAGAAGGAGAGAGGGAGACAUAGCAGGGUGAACGGAGGGGACUGAGCAAAUGGCUACGGAGGAGACGGCGGGGGGAGCCAGGAAAGCCACCAAGAGCAAACUGUUUGAGUUCCUGGUCCAUGGAGUGCGUCCUGGCAUGCCGUCUGGAGCGAGGAUGCCCCACCAGGGAGCUCCCAUGGGCCCCCCCGGCCCGCCGUACGGAGGCAGCCCGGCGGUGCGGCCCGGCCUGCCCGCCCCGGUGAUGGAGCCCAGCCGUAAGAGGCCUGCCCCCUCCCAGCAGGUCCAGCAGCAGCAGCAGCAACAGCAGCAGCAGCAGUCCGUCCAGAGCCGGGCCAGAAAGAAGCCAGUCGGAUUCCCCGGAGCCAAUGAGAUGCCGGCGAGGCAGAUGGACAUGAGAGAGCCACAAUCAGAUCCCACGCUCGGAUCAAAUGCUAAGAGAAGGAAAAUGGCAGACAAGAUUCUUCCGCAAAGGAUCCGUGAGCUGGUCCCCGAGUCUCAGGCCUACAUGGAUCUGCUGGCGUUUGAGCGCAAACUGGACCAGACCAUCAUGCGCAAACGUGUGGACAUCCAGGAAGCAUUGAAGAGACCGAUGAAGCAGAAGCGUAAGCUGAGGCUUUACAUAUCUAACACCUUCAACCCUGCAAGACCCGACGCUGAUGACUCAGACGGCAGCAUCGCAUCGUGGGAACUGCGAGUAGAGGGGAAGUUGCUGGAUGAUCCGGGGAAGCAGAAGAAGAAGUUCUCUUCGUUUUUUAAGAGCCUGGUGAUUGAGCUGGACAAAGACCUCUACGGUCCUGACAACCACUUGGUUGAGUCAACAUGUGGCGGUUUGCUGUUUCAGUGGCACCGCACGCCCACCACUCAGGAGACGGACGGCUUCCAGGUGAAGCGGCCGGGAGACGUGAGCGUGCGCUGCACUCUGCUGCUGAUGCUGGACUACCAGCCUCCCCAGUUUAAGCUGGACCCUCGCUUGGCUCGCCUGCUUGGCAUUCACACUCAGACCCGCUCCUGCAUCAUCCAGGCCCUCUGGCAGUACGUCAAGACCAACAAGCUGCAGGACUCCCAUGACAAGGAGUACAUCAACUGUGACAAGUACUUCCAACAGAUCUUUGACUGCCCUCGGCUGAAGUUCUCUGAGAUCCCUCAGCGCCUCACCAACCUCCUGUUACCCCCCGACCCCAUCGUCAUCAACCAUGUCAUCAGCGUGGAUCCCAACGACCAGAAGAAGACGGCCUGCUACGACAUCGACGUGGAGGUGGAAGACCCCCUGAAGGGCCAGAUGAGCAGCUUCCUCCUCUCCACCGCAAACCAGCAGGAGAUCGCCUCGCUCGACAACAAGAUCCAUGAGACCAUUGAGUCCAUCAACCAGCUGAAGAUCCAGAGGGACUUCAUGCUCAGUUUCUCCAGAGAUCCCAAGGGCUACAUCCAGGACUGGCUCAAGUCCCAGAGCCGAGACCUUAAGUUAAUGACAGACGUGGUGGGGAACCCUGAAGAGGAGAGGAGGGCGGCGUUCUACCACGAGCCCUGGUCCCAGGAGGCCGUCAGCCGCUAUUUCUACUGCAAGAUCCAGCAGAGGAGACAGGAGCUGGAACAGGCCUUGGCUGUCCGCAACACCUAAACCAAGGCCCCUCCUGAGUCUCUGCAUCUGAUUUCAGAGCUGCGUGUGUGUUUGGAUGUGUGUGAGGCCGUCGCUGCAGUCUGGUGAAACCUCAUACCUCUAAGAAAUGUGAUAAAGAAAUGCAAUUUUCCAAAAUUAAAAGUGAAAUUAGGAGGAGGCUUUUCUCACGACGGCAGCGAUGUGGAUGUCUCGAUGCAGACAUGCGUCCACUGCGUAUUUGUUCCGUUUUGUGCAGGACUGCGAGGAUCAUCAUCAUUAACCCGCAUGUGUUCAGCUGCACCCUCAGAGGUCGCGACCCUCAGACCACAAGCAUCCUCAGACUCACCGCCUAAUAAACAAAACCUCCUCUUCAUCGCUACUCUGUGCUUUUGUAAAUACGUCACAAAACACGUCAGGAUAAACUCUGAAAACCGGCUGCUCACACACACACACACAAACACACACACUGCUGUGUUUGGGGAUUCUCAGUCAGUCGGCUCUCUGGAUGAGCUUCCAACUCUUUCUGAAACUGAUUUAUUGUUUGAUUGUAAGUGUGACUGCGUUGUUUGUUCUCAUUAGGAGAGUGUUUUUGAAAGGUUGAUUAAUUACACCAGCAAAAAAAAGUGGAGAUUACAGUGUGACACAUUGGGUUUGCAGGGAAUCAAGUCUAUCUAUAAGCCUGAGGUGCCGUUCAUUUUCAGGUUUGAGUGAAUCAAAUGGGAGAAAAAAAACUCCAAUGUGUCUCAUUUUAGUCCCAGUAAACUUCUUUUUACAGUAACUCCUACAACAGUAUUAGAUAAGAAGUAUUAUCACAAUAGUGUUUUAAUGAAGGAGAAACAAGUAUUGAUCGUCAUAAUAAUCUUCCCUUAAUCAUAGCAUAGCAUAAAUGACAAAUAUGCCUAUACGUGUUGGGACUUGAUUUGUUUCAUUAGAGUCGCUCACUGCCUCUUCCUUGUGUCGUAUAUUUUUGCCAGUUAAUGUCCUGAAGGUGUUACCAAAGGUUGCAACAAAAAGAAGAGAAACAUGAUCACUGAAAUAGAAGUGGGCAAAAAAAAUAAAUCCUCACCUGGGUUUAAACAGAAAUUGCAGAACAUUUCCUUGUAAGGUGGUCAUAAAAACAAUUAGGCCUCAGGUUUUUGUAAACAAACCCCUAAAAGUGUUAUUGUAAUGAACACUUAAACCCAGGUCUGGAGGGGCUUUUGUCCAUUUCUACACUUUUUAUGUUACAUGAAGAUUUUCUUUUCUAGAGAUGUGAAUGUAAAUAUGUUUUCCGACUAACUUGUACAGUAUACGACAAGACUAUUUGUGUGUUUGUUUUAGGGAAGGGUUGGGAGGGGGGGUGAGUUACAUGGUGCAUUAUGGGAGCUCCAUGAGUUUUGAAUUAGUAGGGCAGGAAUGUUAGUGUUCCUCUGUGUACUAUCUCGGGUUGGGGUGAUUUAUUUUAGGUCUAACUAUCGUGGGAGCUGGAAGCAACAAAGAAAGACCUCCCUCGCUUUCAGUCUCAGUAGCUGUAACACAUGAUAUAAUCUGCACCGAUCUCCUUUUACACGUUUUUUUUUUUUUUUAAAUGACUUGUAUGUAUAUGUUGUAACGUCAGAUGGAGGAUUUUUUCUCAGCAGUCAGUUUCUAGCUGGAACCUUUUUCUGGGUUUCUUUGCACUGUGCUGUAACUCUUUAGGACUCGGCGUGGGUGAGAGAGCCUCUUUAUUAUCCCAGCAUACACAAAAAGUGAUUGACCUAUGCAUGCUCCAUGGACAUUAAUUAAUACAUCCGGUGAGAUAGUAUGUGUAAAUAUAUCAAAAAGCUGGCAUUAGCAGUCUGUGAGACUUUUGUUGAGAUGCCUUCUGGAAACUUUUUUGCCAAAAAUGAUAUGCCCUACCAGCAACUAACUGUAGGUGUGAUUUUUUUCUGAACUGUGUUUUUGUUACUAGGACUAAGUUAUAUUAACUGCACUCUUUAGAGGAGGAACAGUAGUCAUUGGUAGUAUCUUAGUCCUGUGUCUGACCAGGAGCGGUUUGUCUUUGUAUGGCCGGGGCAUUCACAUUGUUGUCAUACAGUCACUGAUUCACUUGCACCCUCUUGAGGAGGAAACUAGAAGCUGCAACUCUCCUGGGUGACCUCAGCGUUCAGAGUAUCUGUUAACACGACUACUGCUGCGUCUCCUGUUACUAAAACCCUGACAUACUGUCUGUCCCAGCUCCCUGCAUGUGUUUUGUGAAGAGCGGGAACUGCUCUUUCUCUCUGUUUACACUGUCUUCUGUCAGAGCGUCACCAACGGGGAGAUAAUGAUAGUAUACAUGACACUGUAUAUCUGUAAAGAGCAAACUUGUUUGGUGAUUCUACAUACAAAAAAAAAAAAGAAAAGAAAAAAGGGAAAACAGCUGUGACGUUGCGAGACAGCCUGGAUGUAAAUAAAGAAGCGCUUGCCAAAGUUUGUAAAUGCCA